CCUCAAAAACACAGCAACCUUUUCAUCUCAAUCCACAUGUCUCUAACAGGUCGUUCUCGCAUCGUCGUGAAUGGGGUCAGAAGAACGAGAACUUUUCACUAUUUCUGGUGCCUGUAUUGCCAAAGAACCGUGAGGAUACCCUUUACAAACAAUAAUGGUUCUACAUGCCCCUAUUGCUUCCACCACCUGCGUUAUGAGCUUGAUAUCUCAAGGCCAAGGCUUCUCAUGAACGUGCCAAAUAACUUGGAACCUUCACCAGCUACUCAACUUCUGCAUAACUUGGCCCUCAUUCUUGAUCCACCUCUAAGGAGGCAAAACAACAUCCACUUAAACACAACCACACACUGGGAAACAGAAAAUACAGAAAAUGAAGAUGGUGCAGAUCCUCAGGCUUGGGUUACACUCCGAUUUCCAAGGCCAACUCGUGCACCUAGGCCUAUUUCCCCACCACAGAACUUGGUUCCUCCGAGCAACCACACUGAGACAUUAUUAGAUGACUUCAUCGAUGGGGUGAUUCAGAAUAAUACUCGACCAGGGCCACCUCCUGCAGCAUCUUCUGCCAUUGCAGCAUUGCCGGUGGUGAAACUGACGCAAACCCAUUUGGGUAGUGACCCCAAUUGCCCAAUUUGCAAAGACGAGUUUGAGCUUGAAAUGGAAGUCAGAGAGUUGCCAUGCAAACAUUUCUACCAUUCUGACUGCAUCACCCCAUGGUUGCGCAUGCACAACACUUGCCCUGUGUGCCGCUUCGAGCUGCAAGGAGUUGUUACUCCUGAUGCUAAUUAUCAUUACCGUUUCCAAGUUGAUGAGAAUGACAUGAGGUUUGCGUUUGAGGAUAUCUCAAACAGUUUGAACUGGAUUUGGAACCAGUUGGCUUCAUUCAGACCUAUUCGUUCAGUCCUAGAUUGGACACGGUCCUACUUUGAUUUCCAUGAAACUCGUCUUCGUGCUCGUCGAGGAACUGCAGGUAGUUCUUGGUGGCGAUCAUUGUUCGUUAUAUAGCUUCAUCUGUGAGGUCUCUCGAACUGAAACCUGGUUUGUGAUCAUAUCAGAAUUAUGCCACUUGGUUAAUUUUAAGCAGGUAAAUGGUGCUGAGCACAUCGUUUCAAGGAAGAAAUCAAUACAGAAGAUCAUGAAAGCUGUUUGUGGUGCAUGUGCCCACAAGUUAUGAUUGAAAAAACAUUAUUUCUUGAUGAAGAACUAGGUUUCAAAAGGAGAUCUUCACCUAGUUUCCUGAUUUUUAUUUAUAAAAAUGAUUUAUUC